AUGCAUUUCCCAACCCGCAAAAUUCAAAUUUAUCAACUUUUCGCCGCAAACACAAAUCUUGGGAAAACCUUAUUUUCUACAGGACUAUGUCGGGCCUCUGCGAGAUCAAGAGAAAAUUCUUCAGAAGAAAAAAUCACUUCUCAACUUUUACAUAAUAAAACUUGUUAUCUCAAACCAAUACAAACGGGGUAUCCAGAAUCUUCUGAUUCGAGGUUCUUGGAAAAUUUAAUGGGCGCAGAUACGCAGAUUAAGAUGAAAACAUUGUUUGCCUAUGAAAAACCCGUGAGUCCACAUCUUGCUGUCGACCGGAACCAUGUACCAAAAGAUCGCGACGUUUUAUUAUCUAUUAAAAGUUACAUUUCAGAGUUCGUAUGCGAAUGUGGUGAUGACGGUGGAACGUUAUUCCUAGAGACAGCUGGAGGUGUAGCGAGCCCUGUGAUGUCAGGAACUUUGCAAUCCGACUUUUAUCGACCACUCAGGUUACCAACAAUCCUUAUCGGCGAUAGUAAUCUCGGCGGAAUUUCCACAACAAUAUCUUCUUUCGAAUCAUUGUAUCUCCGUGGUUAUGACAUCCCUAUAAUACUCAUGUUUGAAAACACUGAACUAAAGAACCACCUCUUUCUUGAACGAUUUUUCAGAAAGUUUUCAAGUGAUCAUGCGAGUAAAAGGAAUAUUUACAAAAGUAAUAACGAUAAGGACCUCAAUGAUUCAAACCACAUCGAUAAAAACAGAAACAGCAACGUGAUCGUUGCAACUGUUCCGCCACCACCACCCUUCUCGCCAGUCUUUGACCGUGAUCAACUCCAACUAAAAGAAUAUUUCAUUAAGAAUCACUCUGAAUUUGCGAGUAUUCUCGAGAAAUUGGACCAUUGGCAUCACAACAGAUUUGACAGAUUGGAUGAGAUGGGAGAAUUGGCCGAGCAAGUGAUUUGGUGGCCAUUCACGCAGCACAAUAAAGUUAAGAAGGUAAAUGUGAUUGAUUCGGCUUUCGACGAUUUUAUGAUGGUGUAUGAUAAAUAUGGAAAGGGCGGGAGGGAAAAAAGGAUAUCGAAGAACAACAUGAUGAAAAAUGUGGAAAAGGAAACUGAACUAAAGGAAAGUUAUGACGGAAAAUUGGGUACGAUGAAAGAAUUAUUUGACGGAUCAGCUAGUUGGUGGACUCAAGGCCUUGGGCAUGGUUCUUCAAAAUUAUCAUUAAUUGCGUCGCAUGCGGCCGGUCGCUAUGGCCAUGUCAUGUUUCCUGAAUCCAUCCACGAACCGGCAUUAUCAUUAUCCCAAACGUUAUUAAGGACAGUAGGAAAUAAUUGGGCUUCACGGGUGUUCUUUUCUGACAACGGGAGUACGGCAAUGGAGGUGGCCCUGAAGAUGGCGUUGAAAUCUAGCUCCUUGAGAUAUGAUUUUGAAGAAACUGAGAAAUUGAAAAUUUUGGGAUUAAAUGGAAGUUAUCACGGCGAUACCAUCGGAGUUAUGGAUGCCUGUGGGCCCAAUGUCUACAACGAACAAGUUGCUUGGUAUACACCAAGAGGAGUGUGGUUAGAUGCACCACGAAUCCAGCUGAAAAACAAUAUUUACAAUUUGAUAAUUCCAUUCGCGAACCAGGAAUUCAGAUAUCCAUCAUUAAACUCACUGUUUUCACCAUCCCGUCCAAAUAAUGACCUGGUCUCAUUAAUCUAUAAAAAAUAUAUUAAAGAUGUGAUCACCACAAAUGUCAAUGAAGGUUGUAAGUUCGGGGCACUAUUGAUCGAGCCAAUUUUAAUGGGAUCAGGGGGGAUGAUAUUGGUGGAUCCUCUGUUUCAAAGAGUGUUAAUUGAAUUUGUACGAGAGUGGAAUAAUUGGACUGAACCAGAAAAGAUAAAAAAAGGUGAAAUUUCAAGAAUUGGAAACGUGAACGGAAAUCAAGGGAACGAAAAAGAGUGGAGCGGAUUGCCGGUUAUAUAUGAUGAAGUUUUCACAGGGUUCUGGAGAUUAGGAAAGUUGAGUGGUGCAGAUAUUUUGGACGUUACCCCGGACAUAGCAGCAUAUGCAAAACUUCUGACAGGUGGUUUGCUACCACUAGCCACAACACUUACUACCACGUCGAUUUUUAACAAUUUCCUUGGCACGACUAAAGUUGAUUCGUUGUUGCAUGGGCAUUCUUACACUGCCCAUCCAAUUGGCUGUAUGGUGGCUAAUAAAGCCAAUUGGGAGGAUGAGGGUGGCAAUGGAGUUUGGAGCAUGUGGAAUAAGGAGAUGGUAGAAAAAAUAUCUUGUUUACCCAAUGUCAAAGGGGUAUUCGCCUUAGGAACUAUAUUGUCAGUUGAAUUAGAAGAUAUUGGUGGUGGUGGCUAUGCGUCUGAAGUAUCAUCAACCGUUAUAAAACAACUGUCAGAUUAUUCAACCGUUAUUUCGAAUAACGAUAUAUUAAUAUCCUCUAGGCCAUUGGGAAACGUGAUCUAUCUGAUGACAUCUUUAAUUAGUGAUCGUGAAACUGUUAGAAGAUUGGAAAAGAAAGUUUAUGAAUGUUUAAAAAAAACUAGUUAA